CUGCCGUGAAAGACAAGAUGCUAGAAGGAACCCUCUCUGUUUAUGCUUUUAUCAUUAUUUUCCCGUUAGCUAUUGUUGGUGGAAUAAUAUUUAUUAUUCGAAUGAUCAUCAGAAAAACAACCUGGUGUGAAAGUAAUGAAUCAUUGGAAGGCAAGACUAUCAUAGUUACAGGCGGUAGUUUCGGUGUUGGACGGGCCCUGGCUGUGGAACUGGCUAGGCGGGGGGCGAGAGUAGUUGUUGCUUGCCGGACUAAGGCUCGACGGGAUUCAACAGCUUUCUUUCUUCGAAAACGGACAGGAAGUUUCAACUUGCGAGUCAUGUUUAUGGACCUCAACAGUCUGGACACUGUAUGGGAAUUUGCAAAGGAAUUUGCGGACACUGAGGACAGGCUAGACGCCAUCAUCAACAAUGCAGGUAACAUUUUGGAGAUCACGACUGUACAAUAA